AUGAGUGCACCAUCACCCGUUGUUGAAAAUGAUUUAUUAAAGGGGAAAGGAAAUGCAAAAACUGCAAGAGCACUACUCGAGAUGAUAAUGAACAAUUGUGAUGGUCCAAACUUCAAAAUUACAGUUAAUGACAACAGAGAAUUUUUUGGUGCAUUGGCUUAUGUAGAUAAGUAUAAUUUAUUUCUUACCAAUUGCGAAGAGCACUAUACAGGCAGCCAAAUGUACACACGAAAAUGUAGAGAUGUUUUAAUUCCGUUUAAAAUAAUCAAGUUAAUUGAAAUUAAAAAGACUUAUUUUGACAAGUGUUAUGAAGAACUAAGAAACACGUAA